GACAGUAGGUCAUCACAUGCUAGUAACUCGAUUGCUUAUUGAUGGAAUGUGUAAUAUUCACAUGUGAUCUGUCACUACUGCCUCAGCCAACUGUCUGCAUUGGACAACAAUGAGGUCAUCUCUUCUUGUCACUGUCGUUGUUGCAGUUUUGGUGACACUGGCUGUCCUCGUCAUCAGUUUAGUGUUGACGCUGAGUGAUGAGCCAGAGCCACCCUCAACCUAUGAGCACUACAGGCAACACAUCAUUGACAACAUAAAUACAAACAACAUUAACGCCAGCUUACGAUUCUUCACCCUUGAGCCACAUCCUGCUGGGUCGCCUGGGGAUGAGCACCUGGCCCAGUACAUUCACACCACCUGGGGCAUGCAUGGACUCAAGACACAGCUGAUCAAGUAUGAGCUUUUCCUCGCCACUGCUAAUGCCAACAUGCCAAAUAAGGUGAUCUUGAAUGGUACAGACGGAGAGACCUUUGAGUCCACACCAAUCCAGCCUGCUGUGGAUGUCCCACCAAGUGGUCAGCAGGACAUCUACUCCUUCAAUAGUUUCUGUGGCGUGGGAGCUGCUCAGAGUUCAUCAGUCGUCUAUGCUAACUAUGGAAGGGAUGAGGACUUUCACCACCUCAGUGAACACAACAUUACCAUCAAGAACUCCAUUGUCUUCAUACGCUAUGGCAAGCUCUUCAGGGGAGACAAGGUGAGGUUUGCUGAGUCCCGAGGUGCUGCAGCUGUUGUUCUGUACACUGACCCUGCUGAUGCUGCUCCACUGGGACCCCUGCACACCUACCCCUCCACUGUGUUUGCCCCACCUGGUGCCACACAGCUGGGCUCCCUUAAGUUGCAGGGAGACCUCCUCACUCCAGGCUACCCUGCUGUAGAAUCGGCCUUUCGUCUGCCAGAGUCAGAAGCAGACCUGUUCUCCAUCCCUGUCCAGCCGAUGGGCUAUGGCGAUGCUUGGCACUUCCUCAGCCUUCUGGAGGGGGAGGAGGCCCCAUCUACGUGGCAGGGUGGCCUGAAUCUCACCUACCACCUGGGGCCGGAGCUGGCGGGUGGGGCACAGGUGACAGUGGUGGUGAAUGACCAGCACCACCGCAAGACUGUGUACAAUGUGCUUGGUGUCAUUGAGGGCCAAGAGGAGCCAGACCGUUAUGUCGUUGUGGGGAACCAUUAUGAUGCGUGGACCUAUGGAGGCGUGGACCCAUCAUCUGCCACUGCAGUUGUGAUGGAGCUGGUGCGGAUGUUUGGGGAGAUGCACUCCAGUGGGUGGCGGCCUUGGAGGACUAUGGUAUUCUGUAGCUGGGCGGCAGAGGAGUACGGAGUGAUGGGGUCGACUGAGUUUGCCGAGCAGUUUUCAACAAUUCUGAAAGACCGUGCUGUGGUGUAUCUCAACUUAGACAUGGUGAUGGAUGGCAAUUACUCCUUCAGGGCCAUGGGAGUGCCAAUGCUGCAUGAUGUCGCCUUUGAAAUGGCCAAGUUGGUGCCAAACCCUGACCCGGCUGAGGUGGCCCAGGGCAGAGACAGCAUCUAUGACACCUGGCUGCAUCGUUACCCUGCUGAGCCUUCAGGUGAUUCUGCUCCUCGCCCUAUGGUAGCUCCUCUCGGCACUGGCAGUGACUUCCGAGCCUUCCUGUUCAACUUAGGGAUCCCCAGCAUGGACAUGGUCUUCACCUCAGCCCCGGGGGAAGCAGGUCUGCCUCUGUACCACACAGCGUACGAGACCUACUUCCUGACUACCAGCCUGAUGGACCAAGGCCUGCUGUACCACCAAGCCUCUGCCAGGAUGCUUGGUCUGCUGGCUCACGAGUUCUCCACACAGCCCGUCCUCCCUUACAAUGUGUCCACCUACACCGACUUCAUCAGUGCCUCGUGGGGGGACCUCUCCCUCUCCCAUGGAUCUCAGCUGGCACACUUCAAUGUCAGCACAGAUGCACUGGAAGCUGCCCUGGAGGAGCUGGUGUCUGCUGGGAAGGCCUUUCAAGAGAGACGUCCUUCCCCCACUGAUGCUGAUGACUUGACCCGUCGGCGCUACAACGACGCCAUGCUGCUGCUGGACAAGGCUCUGCUGGCGCCUCUCGGACUGCCUGGCCGCCCCCUGCUCAAUCACGUGCUCCUGGCGCCAAGUUCCCUCAAUGGCUAUGUAUGGGACACCUUCCCGGGGCUUCGUGACCUCCUGAGGAUGGCCCAGGAGGAGGAGGAGGAGGAGGCCAGCGAGGACUUCGCCACCAGCCGCCUCCUGGCAGAGCACGUGGCGGCCCUCACGCACCACCUCACCCUGGCGGCACGCACCCUCUCCGCCUCCCCUUGGUGAAGAGAGAGAGAGAGAGAGAGAGAGAGAGAGAGAGAGAGAGAGAGAGAGAGAGAGAGAGAGAGAGAGAGAGAGAGAGAGAGAAUCUGGGUGUUCCUUGCGUCUGUAGUUAUAAUAUGCAAUGGUAAUAGAGAUAAAAAAAAUAAAUAAAUAAAUGCAUUUCGAAUCGGAGAACUUUGAGUGUGGGGAGGAAAACAGGAAUUAAUGUGUGUGUGUGUGUGUGUGUGUGUGUGUGUGUGUGUGUGUGUGUGUGUGUGUGUGUGUGCCGCAUUCUGAAGCGCUCUGCUCUCUCACCACAACUAUUUUCCAAGGCCAGAAAGAUGAUUCAUUAGCCAGGUUCUCAAGACUAUUUCUCCUGUUAAUAAUGCUGAAAUCUUGCUAAUCUGCCAAGAGAAUCAUAGAAAAAAAAUAAAUAAAUAAAAU